GUUCAAUCUUGGAGUUCAUCACUUCCAAACGAAUACGCCAUUCGUGAUCGGACUUCGCACUAACCCUGCGUGAAUCUCGGAGUUCCACUGAUCACCGACGGCCGACUACGGUUACACAGGAAUUCCGGCCGAUGUUCCAACGAAUUCGAAUUGUUUGCUACUUUUCACUUUGACCCAACAAUUUGAGGAGUUGUGUUCUGUUCAAGUUCUAGCCAUGGAAGCUCUUGAAAAAUCGGAAGAAACCGUCUCGAACGUAACUCCAAGGAUGCCUGGAACUGUUAACUGGGGAACUGCAACUGUAGUUGGAGUAUUUGCUGGCAUGUUAUAUGGGGGUAGCAAGGAGGCAUCUGCUUCGGUUAGCAAGGAUGCAGAAGUGAUGCUGAAGCUUGGGAGCACGCCAGACAAGCGUGAGCAAUAUCGGUUAAUGAGGGAUGCAAUGGAGAAAAGAUUCAUCAAAGUAACUCGUGGCUCAAUAGUUGGUGGAGUCCGCCUUGGAAUGUUCACUGCUGUAUUUUGUGGUUUACAGAAUUUACUUGCUGAGAAACGAGGGGAGCAUGAUGUUUAUAAUGUUGUUGGAGCUGGUUCAGCCACUGCUGCAACGUUUGGUUUAAUUAUGCCAGGAUCACUCCGUUGGCGUGCAAGGAAUGUAGUUUUGGGCUCGGUUCUGGGUGCAGCAUUUUGCUUACCUCUUGGUAAUAUAUCUACGCCACAUUGUUGGCUCCAAUUGAAGCUUGUAGAGAAAGCAAAUGAAGGGAGAUUGGCUACUUCUUCAGGUCCCGGUGGCAGUCAAGAAGCAAAGAGCGGUGUGGGUGCUGCAAUCGAUAGGCUUGAAGGGCAGCGGACAAAGUAAAGCGGCAAUUUUUGCAUGGAAUAAGAAACGUCAUCAUCACUCCCCCUUCUCUCCGUCUGCACACACCUGCAUGUUUUGGUUUCUUUCUUUUUCUAGGAGUAAAGAAGAGAAACAAAUACACCGAAGGAAGAAAGUGGGUUCGCGACCAUGAAGGAUUAGAAAUGGUCGAACUCCCUGGUAUUGGUUUAAUUGGGAGGGAAAGAGGUAGGUUUCUUAAUUGGGGAUGUUCAUUGAUAUUCGACUGUGGUAUAACAUGUAUAACGGUAAGCCUAUGUGUUGGGCAUAGUUACUAUCAAUUUUGUAUAAUAGUUAUAGCCUUGUAUUGCAUCAAAUUAAAGUUAAAGCCAGAUGGUGAUUUUGAUCUUGCCA